UAAUAGGCUCGACUAUAAUAACGUUUUUGUUCACUUAUUGACAGCGAAAAGUCGAGUCGCUCCAUUGAAACAGACAACUGUACCGCGGCUAGAAUUGUGCGGAGCACUUCUCGCUGCAAAAUUAGUAGAUAAAGUAAAAUCAUCGCUUAGAUUACACAUAAAUAAUUGUAUUUAUUGGUGUGAUUCAACUAUUGUGCUUGGUUGGAUAAAAUCUUCAAAAACUCAUUUAUUAAAGCCGUUUGUUUUUAAUAGAAUUCAAGAGAUUCUUGACAGAAGCGAGUCAUCUGCCUGGCGUUACGUACCCACCAGCGUUAACCCCGCCGAUAUAGGCUCACGAGGGCUAGACGCUAAACAAUUAGAAACUUGUGCAUUAUGGUGGACUGGGCCAGCAUUCCUGGCGCAAGAUGACUCAUCAUGGCCAACCCAACCAACAAGCUAUAAGCAAUCUGAAUUACCAGAAUUUAAGGUUCAAUGUAACUUGUCGACUACUCAAUUAGAUCAUAUCACAUAUUAUUCAAAUUUAUUUAAACAAUUCUCUAGUUUCAACCGAUUACAACGUAUUGUGGCUUACGUUCAAAGGUUCAUUCAUAAUUAUUGUAAUAGGAAAAAUAAGCGUAGUGGUCACCUAACAAUCCAUGAACUCAAUUCUGCUCUAAGCGCACUUUGCAGACUCGCACAGCGUGAACAUUUUUCACAAGAAUAUACGUUAUUGAAAAAUAAUAAAAAUUUACCUAUUAAAAAUUCAUUAUGCAAUUUAAAUCCAUUCUUUAACAAAGCUGACGAACUUAUGCGAGUGGGAGGUAGACUUAAUAACUCUUUUUAUGAUUUUGACACAAAACACCCCAUAUUGCUUUCAUCAAAGCAUCACCUCGCAGAACUCAUAUUCAGACAAUAUCACAUUUGGCUUAUGCACGCUGGUCCACAGUUGCUUUUGGCUACCUUGCGUCACAAAUUUUGGGUUAUUGGGGGCAGAAACUUGGCUCGCAAAACAGUUCAAAGAUGUAUUAAAUGUUGUCGUUUCUCGGGAAGGAUUAUACAACCAAUCAUGGGCAAUCUUCCCGAACAGCGCUUGCAUGCUGAGUUUCCGUUCACCAACACUGCUGUUGACUACGCCGGGCCGGUCAUGAUACUGAACCGUAAGGGAAGAGGAAGUAGAACUAUGAAAUCUUAUCUUUGCAUAUUUGUGUGUUUAGCCGUCAAGGCCGUGCACAUAGAACUUGUGACCGAUCUGAGCAAUAAUUCUGCCAGAAUCAUAAUUUCAGAAAACAAUUAUUGCCAACUGCAGAAGAAGGCAAUAAAUAAAAACAGAAGUAAACAUCAGCAGCAGGAAGCGCCGUCAUUUUGGUUGAAUCAGCUGAAAACAACAAGACGAAAAAUUAAAAUUUUGCAAUCUAACUUGUUGAGAUCACAGAGGAGAAACCAAAAUCUUCAAUCCUGAUUAGCCAGUGCUGAUAAAAUGUCUGCUGACCUUGAAAUUUAAAAAACUGUCAUGCUAAAUGACACCAGCAGCAAAAAUUUUCACAAAAAUGCAGUACAGCCAGACAACAAAGAAACCUUCUGGCCACAGAUUCACGCAUCAAGAAAAAGUGCUCUCACUUUCUUUAUAUAAGAAAAGUCCGAAGAGUUACGCUCUUUUGGCAAAAUUUUUCACAUUGCUAUCAACAAAAUCUUUAAAGAGACUUUUAACAAAAGUAGAAGUGGAGCCCGGGCUUAAUAAAUGUAUAUUUUUAAAAAUAAAAAAUACAGUCGAGAAGUUGUGCCCAGAAGACAGAUUGUGUAGUCUUAUAUUCGACGAAAUGUCGAUUUCCCCGCAAAUACACUACAACGCUGCAAAAGAUCUACUUAGGGGGUUCACAUUUAAUGGUGAAAAAAUUGCAGACCAUGUAUUAGUCUUCAUGGUGAAGGGACUCAGACAAAAGUUCAAACAACCCAUUGCCUACUAUUUCACCAACGCCUUAAAUAAGGCACAAUUAAAAAAAACAUUAAAAAAAAUUGUUUUGUAUGUACGAAGUACAGGAUUAAAGGUUGUGUGCACUGUGUGCGAUCAAAGCACAGUCAAUGUCAGUGUCAUCAAUGAGUUAAUAGAAGACACAAGACGAAAAUAUAUAAAAGAAAAAAAAAACAGUGGAAAAAUGAAUUAAUUGAAAUAGGGAAGACCACACUAAUCCCUAUAUUUGAUGUUCCGCAUUUGAUAAAAGGAGUCAGAAACAAUUUGCUCACAAAAGACUUAAAGUAUUAUGAUUUUGAAGAGGAGUGCGAAAAAAUUGUUAAAUGGGAGUAUUUCAAGCUAACUUAUGAAGCUGACAAAUCUUAUGGAGAGUUAAAAUGCCUGCUGAAAAUUACAGAUGAGCACAUUUAUGUGGAAAAAAUGAGGAAAAUGAAGGUGAAACCAGCAGCCCAAAUUUUUAGCCACACAAUGGCUGCGACUGCAGGACAUCUUGUGGCAAGAGGAGAAAUUCCAAGAGAAUGCUAAAAUUUGGUAAAAUUUACUAAAUUAAUAGAUAACCUUUUUGAUUCUCUAAAUUGUAAUACAUUCACUGUACCUGAUGGUAAAAUUUAUAAAGGGUGUGUGCGAAAAAAUAGUUUGCACCAUGAUUUGUGGAAGAAUGCUAUAAAAGUUUUAAAAACAGUAAAAUUUAUUAAAAAAAUUAAAGAUAAUAACAAAAUCCGUUUAAUUGAAACACAAGCAAUACCAUCAGCUCUUAAAAACUUAAUACGCACAAUUGAAGGAAUGCAACAAAUAUGGAUAUUGUUGUCUCAAACAUAUUCAUUUGAUGCUAUGCUAACUCGUAAUUUUAACCAGGACCCACUAGAAAAUUUCUUUGGGAAUAUCAGAAGUUAUGGGGCUAGAAAUACGGCACCAGACACGGUGGCAUUCGAAGGGGCCUUUAAGUCCCUGUUAAUAAAUAAUUUUAACUCGCCCCAUUCUCUUCACGCAAACUGCGAAAAAGAUGAGGACAAUUGUUUGCAAAAUAUGGAUUUUUUUUAAAGAAAAGUCGGUUUUGGUGCCCUCAACUUCUGAUAUUCCCAGUCCAAUUGAUGACGAGGCACCACAAUUUUCCGAAAGCUCACAAGACGAAAUUGUGAUACCUUUCAUUAAUUUAAAUACUUCGGUAAAUGAUGUUGGACAGGGCCAUUAUGUGUGUGUGUGGGUCCUGCACAGAUGUAUUAAAAAUGUUUGUAAAAGCUGCAAAGUUUGCAAAAAAAAUAUGUAUGGCGACCCUGAGAGAACAUCAAAUGAAUACAUAAGGGCCAAAGAAUAUAAAAAAAAUAAAAAGUCACUAAUAUAUCCGUCAAAAGCUAUUGAAAAAUGUUUCAUACAGUUACAAAAUUUAUUUAGUGACGGAUAUUUUGAAGAAAGAUGUACCUAAAAAAGGAUUGAAAGAAAAAAUUAAAAUGUUUAGUGACAUAUUUGUUGAUUAUCCCUUUAAUUGUGAUAUACAUAAAACGACAUUAAAAAAAUAUUUUGAAAAUACAUAUAGUAAUUCAUGUACUUGCAUACAGUUGGUGCCGAUCAAUAAAUCGGAUUUUGUCUGGCAAAAUCACUUAUCACGGUGAGGACGAAAUAAAAAUAGCAGCACAAAAAUAUAAAAACAGACAUAAACAUUCAACAAAUAAAAAUUAAUGUAAGUUUUAAUUAACUGUAAAUAAAUAAAUUGUAAAAUAAAAUUUGUUU